AUGGGUGAUCAAAGCCAUCAAAAUUAUUUUGACAAUAUUGAUACCGAUUUUAAUAAUGAUGAUAACUGGGCUAAUGUUUUUAAUGGCCAUGAUCUUGUUUCUACUAAUCAUCAAAACCUUGGAGGCAAUAAUUAUACUCAUCAAAACCACGGGGAAAAUGAUUUAAACAGCCAGAAUGUCGGAAAUAAUUAUACUAGUCAAAACUCUGGCGAAAUUAUUCAAAGCAAUAAUUUCAAUCAAUAUUCUACUGCUAUGAACAUUAAUUAUCAUCCGAAUAAUUCUUUUGGGAUCGGAGAAGGUUCCUAUCAAAAUUCUAUUAAUUCUACUGUCACCACUGACCAAAACAAUAUUGAGCAACUACUUAUUUACAUAGCAUCUCAACUUCAAAAUAUCCAAAAUGCCAUAAAUCAAUUUUUAGUCAACAGUCGCAACAAUAAUAGAUAA